CGGAUGAACGUUCUGGAGGGGAGCGAGGAGAGGAGGGAAGGAGAAGCAGAGGCGAGAGAGCGAGGAGCGGCCGAGGCCCUUCCCGCAGAAGCAGGAGGCGGUAGCGGCGGCGGAGGAGUGGGCGGUGGAGGAGGAGGAGGACGCACCCUCUGGAGGCGGCGGCGGCUGCUGCGGCUGCGACUCGGUUCUUUGAGCCGGAACCGCCGGUGAACUUGGGCGCCACGUUCCCGGCCGCGGGCCCACGAGGAUGGUGAAUGCGAGCUGCUGCUGACUCUACCUCAGCCGCUGCUUCUCUGGGGCUGCCGAGCGCGGGGGGCCUCUGUCUCCUCCCCUUGCCGGGCUGUGGGUGAACCUGCAGGAUCCUUACCCACCCGGAGGACUUUUGAAAGGAAACCAGGGAGGGAGGGAAAGGGAGAGAGGGAGAAAACGAAGGGGAUCUCGUCCAUCAUUGAAGCACAGUUCACUAUGAUCUUACUCACAUUCAGCACUGGAAGACGGUUGGAUUUCGUGCAUCAUUCGGGGGUAUUUUACUUGCAAACCUUGCUUUGGAUUUUAUGUGCUACCGUCUGCGGAACGGAGCAGUAUUUCAAUGUGGAGGUUUGGUUACAGAAGUACGGCUACCUUCCACCGGCUGACCCCAGAAUGUCGGUGCUGCGCUCUGCAGAGACCAUGCAGUCUGCUUUAGCUGCAAUGCAGCAGUUCUACGGCAUUAACAUGACAGGAAAAGUGGACCGAAACACAAUUGACUGGAUGAAGAAGCCUCGAUGUGGUGUACCUGACCAGACAAGAGGUAGCUCCAAAUUUAAUAUUCGUCGAAAGCGGUAUGCGUUAACAGGACAGAAGUGGCAGCACAAACACAUCACUUACAGUAUAAAGAACGUAACUCCAAAAGUAGGAGACCCUGAAACCCGUAAAGCUAUUCGUCGUGCCUUUGACGUGUGGCAGAAUGUAACUCCUCUGACGUUUGAAGAAGUUCCCUACAGUGAAUUAGAAAAUGGCAAACGUGAUGUGGAUAUAACCAUCAUUUUUGCAUCUGGUUUUCAUGGAGACAGUUCUCCCUUUGAUGGAGAGGGAGGGUUUUUGGCACAUGCCUAUUUCCCUGGACCAGGAAUUGGGGGAGAUACUCAUUUUGACUCAGAUGAGCCAUGGACACUAGGAAAUCCUAAUCAUGAUGGAAAUGACUUAUUUCUUGUAGCGGUUCAUGAACUGGGACAUGCUCUGGGACUGGAGCAUUCCAAUGACCCUACUGCCAUCAUGGCUCCAUUUUACCAGUACAUGGAAACUGACAACUUCAAACUACCUAAUGAUGAUUUGCAGGGCAUCCAGAAAAUAUAUGGUCCACCUGACAAGAUUCCUCCACCAACAAGACCUCUACCGACAGUGCCCCCACACCGCUCUAAUCCUCCAGCUGACCCAAGGAAGAAUGACCGGCCCAAACCUCCCCGGCCUCCCACUGGCAGACCUUCCUAUCCUGGAGCCAAACCCAACAUCUGUGAUGGGAACUUUAACACUCUAGCUAUUCUUCGCCGUGAGAUGUUUGUUUUCAAGGACCAGUGGUUUUGGCGAGUGAGAAACAACAGGGUGAUGGAUGGAUACCCCAUGCAAAUUACUUACUUCUGGCGGGGCUUGCCUCCUAGUAUCGAUGCAGUUUAUGAAAACAGUGAUGGGAAUUUUGUCUUCUUUAAAGGUAACAAAUAUUGGGUGUUCAAGGACACGACUCUUCAACCUGGUUACCCUCAUGACUUGAUUACUCUUGGAAGCGGAAUUCCCCCUCAUGGUAUUGAUUCAGCCAUUUGGUGGGAGGACGUUGGGAAAACCUAUUUCUUCAAGGGGGACAGGUAUUGGAGAUAUAGUGAAGAAAUGAAAACCAUGGAUCCUGGCUAUCCCAAACCAAUCACAGUCUGGAAAGGUAUCCCCGAAUCUCCUCAGGGAGCCUUUGUACACAAAGAAAAUGGCUUUACGUAUUUCUACAAAGGAAAGGAGUAUUGGAAAUUCAACAACCAGAUACUCAAGGUAGAACCUGGAUAUCCCAGAUCCAUCCUCAAGGAUUUUAUGGGCUGUGACGGACCAACAGACAGAGAUAAAGAAGGACACAGCCCACCAGAUGAUGUAGACAUUGUCAUCAAACUGGACAACACAGCCAGCACUGUGAAAGCCAUAGCUAUUGUCAUUCCCUGCAUCUUGGCCUUAUGCCUCCUUGUAUUGGUUUACACUGUGUUCCAGUUCAAGAGGAAAGGAACACCCCGCCACAUACUGUACUGUAAACGCUCUAUGCAAGAGUGGGUGUGA